AUGGGUUCCCUUCCCGGUCCUGUCGAGGGUAUCAGAAUAUCCAUCGACCGUGGUGGCACGUUCACAGACUGCGUGGCAUCCGUCCCCGGCCAAGAUGACAUUCUCGUCAAGCUGCUCUCCGUCGACCCCAGCAAUUACCCCGAUGCACCCGUCGAAGCGAUCCGAAGAGUAUUGGAGAAGGCGACGGGGAAGGAGUACCCCAAGGGAAAGAAGAUCUCACUGAGAGGAGUUGAGUCCAUCAAGAUGGGAACCACAGUCGCCACAAACGCUCUCCUCGAGAGGAAAGGAGAGCGGACAGUCUUUGCCGUCACCAAGGGUCUCAAGGACCUCCUUCAUAUCGGAAACCAGUCCAGGCCGAAGCUCUUCGACCUCGCCAUCCGCAAGCCCGACGUGCUGUACUCCAAAGUCAUUGAGAUCCCAGAGCGAGUGACAUUGGAGGCAUGGUCAGAAAACAACAAACCCGAAGCCAUCGACGCCUCCUCAGAUUCCGCCCUGGUGACGGGUGUCACCGGCGAAGUCGUCAGGGUACUGGAGCCCCUGGACCUGGACGCCUCAAGAAAGGCACUACAAGAGGCCUAUGACGAAGGCUACCGCUCCAUCGCCGUCUGCCUCAUGCACAGCUACACCUUCCGCGACCACGAGGCGGCCGUCGCGGAGCUCGCCGCCGAAAUCGGCUUCACCCACAUCUCACCUAGCGCGGAGCUCUCGCCCGUCGUCAAGAUCGUGCCGCGCGGCAACUCGUCCACGGCGGACGCGUACCUCACGCCCGAGAUCAAGCGCUACAUCGCCGGUUUCGAGUCCGGCUUCGCGGACCUCGCCACCAGCGGCUGCCGCUGCGAGUUCAUGCAGAGCGACGGCGGCCUCGUCGAGUUCUCGGGCCUGUCCGGCUUGAGAGCCAUCCUCUCGGGUCCCGCCGGCGGCGUCGUGGGCUACGCGAGGACGUGCUAUGACGAGGCGGAGAAGACCCCCGUGAUCGGGUUUGACAUGGGCGGCACAAGCACCGACGUCUCGAGAUAUGCCGGCGAGCUCGAGCAGGUCUUUGAGACGACAACAGCCGGUGUCAUGGUCCAGACUCCCCAGCUGGACAUCAACACCGUCGCCGCCGGCGGUGGCAGCAUCCUGAGCUGGCAGAGCGGCAUGUUCAAGGUCGGUCCUGAGAGCGCCUCGGCCCAUCCCGGUCCGGCUUGCUACAGGAAGGGAGGCCCCCUGACCGUCACCGACGCCAACGUCGUCCUCGGCCGCGUGCGCCCCGAGUUCUUCCCCAAGAUCUUCGGCCCCAACGAGGACCUGCCCCUGGACGUCGACGCCAGCAGACGCCUGUUUGAGGAGCUCACAGCGAGCAUCAACAAGGACGAGAACACGAGCCUCAGCGUGGAGGAGGUUGCGGCAGGCUUCCUCGAUGUCGCCAACGAGUCCAUGUGCCGUCCCAUCCGCACCCUCACCGAGGCCAAGGGCUACGACGCUGGCCUGCACAACCUCGCCUCCUUCGGCGGCGCCGGCGGCCAGCACGCCUGCGACAUCGCAAAGACGCUGGGAAUAUCGCGCGUCCUUGUCCACAAGUACUCCUCCGUCCUCUCCGCCUACGGCAUGGCCCUCGCCGACGUCGUCAGCGAGGAGCGCAGCCCCUGCGCGCUGACCUACACCGAGGCCAACCUCGCCAUCUUCGCGGCCGAGCUCGACAAGCUCGUGGCGAAAGCCGGCGACGUGCUGCUGAUGCAGCGCAUCCCCCAGGAGCGCAUUGUCUCGGAGCGCUACCUCAACAUGCGCUUCCAGGGCAGCGACACGCCGCUCAUGAUCCAGGAGACGGCGGCGGCGCAGGACGGUGGGUACCUCGCCGCCUUCAAGGACGCGCACCAGAAGCAGUUCGGCUUCCUGCCCGUCGGCCGCGACGUCAUCAUCGACGACUACCGCGUGCGCGCCAUCGGCAAGACGACGGUGCAGCUCCCGACCCCUUGGCCCAAGGAGCUCGCCUCCGCCGAGGCCGCCGCGGCGCCGCCGGCCAAGACCACGAAGCAGGUCUACUUCAAGGGUCUCGGCUGGUCCGAGACGCCCGUGUACGGCCUCGCCACCCUGACGCCGCACACGAGGAUCGCCGGCCCGGCGCUCAUCAUGGACGACAAGCAGACCAUCGUCGUGAUCCCCGACGCGGCGGCGACGGUGCUCUCGGAGACGGUCGUCGUCGACGUCGCCGUCGGCACCAAGGAGACCAUCUCGACAACCACCAUCGACCCGAUCCAGCUGUCCAUCUUUGGGCACCGCUUCAUGGGCGUCGCCGAGCAGGCCGGGCGCGCGCUGCAGAAGACGAGCGUGAGCACCAACAUCAAGGAGCGUCUCGACUUCUCGUGCACCGUGUUCUCGCCCGAGGGCGGGCUGGUGGCGAACGCGCCGCAUGUCCCUGCAAUGAUCGGAAGCAUGGCGUUUGCCGUCAAGUGGCAGAUCGACCAUUGGGGCGACGACCUCAAGCCCGGCGACGUCAUCCUGUCCAACGCGCCUGUCUGCGGCGGCACCCAUCUUCCUGACCUCACCGUCAUCACCCCGGUCUUCGAUGCCGAGGGCAAGAAGAUCAUCUUCUGGACCGCUUCGAGAGGUCACCACGCUGAUGUCGGCGGCAUUCUGCCCGGCUCCAUGCCGCCCAACUCCAAGGAGCUCUGGGAGGAGGGCGCCAUCAUCAAGGCCUUCAAGGUCAUCGAGGGGGGCGUCUUCAAGGAAAAAGAGCUGACGGAUCUCCUGAUGGCGCCCUCAAAGUUCCCGGGCUGCUCCGGCACGAGAUGUCUGCGGGACAACAUCUCGGACAUCAAGGCGCAGGCGGCGGCCAACCAUCGCGGGAGCCAGCUCAUCCACGGCCUGAUCGAGGACUACGGUCUCGACGUCGUCCAGUUUUACAUGGAAGAGAUUCAGGGCGCCGCCGAGCGCGCGGUCCGCGACAUGCUCAAGACGAUCCACAAGCGCACAGCGGGCGAGCCGCUCUCGGCCAUCGACUACAUGGACGACGGCACGCCGAUCCAGCUCAAGGUGACGAUCGACCCGGUAACGGGCGGCGCCGUGUUCGACUUUGACGGCACGGGCCCCGAGGCGUACGGCAACUGGAACGCGCCCAUCGCCAUCUGCAACUCGUCCAUCAUCUUCGCGCUGCGGUGCAUGGUGGACGCCGAGAUCCCGCUCAACCAGGGCGCCAUCCGGCCCAUCGACGUGCGCGUGCCCGAGGCCUCGCUGCUGCGGCCGACGGAGCACGCCGCCGUGUGCGCGGGCAACGUGCUGACGUCGCAGCGCGUCGUCGACGUCAUCUUCCGGGCCUUUGGCGCCGCCGCCGCCAGCCAGGGGUGCAUGAACAACCUGACCUUCGGCACCGACGAUCCGGAGUCCGGGUUCGGCUACUACGAGACCAUCUGCGGCGGCGCCGGCGCCGGGCCGACGUGGGACGGCGUCAGCGGCGUGCACACCAACAUGACCAACACGCGCAUCACGGACCCGGAGUCCCUCGAGCGGCGGUACCCCGUCGUCCUCCGGCAGUUCUGCCUGCGGCAGGGCAGCGGCGGGAAAGGGGCGCACAACGGCGGCGACGGCAUCGUCAGGGACAUCGAAUUCAGCAUCCCGAUCAAGGUCAGCAUCCUCAGCGAGAGGCGGGCGUUCGCGCCGUACGGCAUGGCCGGCGGCGCGGACGGCGAACGGGGCCGCAAUGUGUGGGUCAAGAAGAGCGGCCGGGUCGUCAACCUCGGCGGCAAGAACACGGCGAGGAUGGAGGCGGGCGACCGCAUCGUCAUCAUGUCGCCCGGCGGCGGCGGUUACGGCAGGCCCGAGGACAGGGUCGAGGGGGGGACGAGGCGGCCGGACGGGUUUGUGGGCGUUGCGAACGGUACGGUUGAUAUGAUCCAGAGCAUGGGAGAGUCCGCAUAG